AUGAUCCACAUACCGAACCGGUAUGUGACUACGGACGUUGGAUCAGCGAUCUACGGUUCAGGCCCACUAGGGGCCCAUCUACCUCCCUGGCUUCUCUUCCAGCCACCGCCGCCUCUAUCUCUCCCUUCCCUCUUCUCUCUCCCCUCACCUCUCUCCUCCGUUCCCUCGCCUCGCUCCUCUCUAUCUCGACCGAGCAGCAGCAGCCGACCGCGCCUGCAACGACCGCGACUCAGCUCGGCGCCCAGGCGGACCGACGCCGGCCACCCGGCCAGGCCCGCGGAGCCGCAGCCACGCGCGCCCAGCAAGUCGAGCUUAUCUGAAUUUGAUGAUCUUGUGGGCCACCCUGGAUUCGACAAGCAAGGGACACGCUUCAAGCGGCUCAUCAAAGACCAGAAUAAUCAUAAGGACCUCGAGGAGGGAAUUAACCGUCUAGUUCUUUGCUCUGGAAAGGUGUACUACGAACUGGAUGAAGAAAGAAGGAAGACGGAGCGCACUGAUGUUGCUAUAUGUAGAGUUGAGCAGCUCUGCCCAUUCCCCUAUGACCUCAUCCAGUGUGAGUUGAAGAGAUAUCCAAGGACACUGAAAGGCGGACGUGCGGAUUGGCUUAUAGAGAAAUGUAUUGAACUUGGAGCUUCUAGUGUUACCCCUGUCCUGACAGAACAAUGUCACACAAUAGCGGAAAAUCGGGUGGACAGGCUGUAAUGCCUUGUGCUGGAUGCAGUUAAGCAAUGUAUGGAGUUUGGGUAUCACCUCCGUUCUUGGCCUGUUAAACAAUGUACGGAGUUUGGGGUUAAAUGAUUUUGUAAAGUGUUUGCAAAUAUGUGCAAAACAUGAUAAUGUGUAGGUUUUGUGAAUGAUUUUGUUGUGGUGUUUGUUGAUGGUUUAUGUGAUGUGGAUCUAUCAUUGUGCAA